AUGUCCAGACACUAUCUCAGCAGUAACCGUCUAGUUGUCUUCCAACCUCGCUUGACGAUGCGAUCCAUCAUUGUCGGUUCUGGAACGGAUCAGGCUUCACUCCGUGCCCCAGCCAUCUGCAUGCCCCAACUCGACUUGUUUGUAAUAGAAUCUAUGUGGGGAAAAGCUUACUCCGUUGAGACGUCUUACAAACUUUCUGACGACGAAAAUGAUCUCUUCUCGACUGCCAGGCUAUUCACUGGUUAUUUCUGUCUUCUUCACAACCUGGGAAACACCGUAGUCGACAUUGGUUCGGCCUUGGACUUUGGCUUAGCCCAGUUCUUAUCCGUGGAAAUGAUCUAUACCUUGGCCUUCCGGUUACAGAUGCUCUUCUCAGAAUUUGCGAUACUUUGCACCAAGGUCAGCCAGAAGAACGCUGGAAAAAAGAACGGCAUAAAGGCGCAUGCGGUUGUAGUCCUUUAUGCGCUAGAGGUUGUUUAUCGCGUCGUAGUGUCGAUGAAGACAUGCACUUGGGAUGUUCCCACAGACAACCCUUUCCAUCCUCUGCUUCGACUAUGGACUGGCUUCACAAGGCAAUCACGCAACAUCCUAUCGAGGAUAUUGGCAUACGAAUGCUACUGCUCCGGGGCUGACGAUGAAGGAACCCGGAUGGCAAUACCACCAAUUGUCAAAUUUGCUCGCUCGGGAAGUUGCAGGAGCCUUCCAAGUCAUCUCAGUAUUUUCGCGCAAAGACAGCGCUCUAUAUUCUACAUGGACCCGUUCCCAUCACUGAAUAAAGGUCGCAGUAAUCAAUACCUGAUCGACCUUUUAGCAUGUCCCAACAACGACUUUAUGCUCAGCGUCAUCAAUGGGUCCUUUCGGCCUCGCAAGCGAUUCCCAGAGUACAUGGUGGCUCACGAUAACUCGAAAGUCUUCCGUAGUGAGGUUGCUGUGACGUCGAAGGAUGACUCGAGCUCCAUUCGGUCAACGUCUUCGGUAUCAGCGGAAACACUUUCCUCGGAGCGACUGGACGAACCCGAGUUUCUGUUUCAUAUCUCGGAUGGUCCAUCCUUGCAGUUUCAUGGAGAGCAUGACAUGUCACCUUUGCGCAAUGAUCAUUCCCCUUCCGACACGAGCUACAUGGACUCGUGCUUGGAUUCGUCCAAGGGCGGUGUCGAUCCAUUAUUUGCUAUCCCUGAAUCGUCCAACGAUGCUCUUGAAAGAUUUCUAGCGUCAAACCAACGACAGAAUAAUUGGAGACAGCAGCGAAGCCUUGUUGAAACCGACACGACUCCACCCGCUGCGCGUCUGAGAGGUGAUUCGGAGCUCAAGCAGAUUGACAUGCCUUUUCAGGGGUUGAAGCGAAAAUGGACAGGGCCCAAGUUAGCAUUCCGCGACUGA